AAAAAACAAAUUAAAUAUUAUGAUUAUAAACAUUUUAAUAAUGUUCAAGAAAUUGGUUUUGGAGAGAUUGGAAAGGUAUAUCGUGCAAAUUGGAAAAAUUCUCAUAGUUAUUUAGCAUUGAAAUCUUUUUUUAAUUUUAAUAUCGUGGCAAAAGAAAUUGCCAAUGAAUUUAAACUUCAACGUGAAGCGGAUUUUCACGAAAAUAUUAUUCACUUUCAUGGAAUUACGACAGAAAUCCAAAGCAAUAAUUCAAAAAAAUAUUUGCUAGUGAUGGAAUAUGCUAAUAGUGGCACCCUUCGAAAUUAUUUAAGCGAAUGCUUUGAAAAUCUCACUUGGAACGAUAAGUUGAAUUUGGCACUUCAGUUAGCUAAUGCUAUAUCAUUCUUACAUGAUAAUGAAAUUGUGCAUCAUGAUUUGCACUCUAACAAUAUAUUAGUUCAUAAGAAUACCAUCAAAUUGACCGACUUCGGAUUGUCAAAAAGGAUUAAAGAAUCAUCCAAUAUUCAAUCAAAAUCAUUUGAAAUGGUUGUUUAUAUUGAUCCACAAAAUUUUGAUGUAAAAGGGGAUAGCAACAAACAAAUUCAAGUAUAUUCGUUAAAUAAAAAGAGUAACAUAUACAGUAUUGGCAUACUUUUGUGGGAAAUCUCUAGUGGAUAUCCACCUUUUUGUAACAAACCAUAUAAUAUUGAUUUGGCCAUGGAAAUAUUGUAUGGUCUUAGAGAGAAACCUAUUCCUAAUACACGAGAGGAUUAUGCGAAAAUAUAUACUGAUUGCUGGAAUAAUGAACAAGAUAAUCGCCCAACUAUUAACCAGGUUAUUGCAAAAUUAAAUGCAAUUAUUUUAGAUUUUCAGCAAAAUCAUUACAAUGCAGACUUCCAAUUAUCAAGAGUUCAGUUGUCUAAAUCAAAUAAUGAAAUUUCUGAAGAUAUUAUUAUUCAAAAUUUUAAUAGAAUCAACAUAAAAGAGAUAGAACCUUUAAUUUUCUUAAAUCUCAUUAUAAAUGACUAUGACCUAUUGGUUAAUGAAAUAAUUCUUCUUAUUGAAGAUGUCGAAAUAAUAAUGAGAAAAAUUAUAAUUGUUAAAUAUCUUAAUGACCAUGAUAUAGCCUUAAAAGAAAUUUAUAAUUGGCUACUAAACAAUCAGGAUAAUUCUAAUUCUGUUUUCAUACUUGGAGUAUUUUAUCAUUUUGGAAUCGAAAUUAAUGUUAAUAGACAAAAAGCAUUUGAAUUGUAUCAAAAUGCAGUAAAAUCAGGAAAUGUAUUUGGAAUAACUAGCCUAGGAUAUUGUCAUGAAGAAGGAAUUGGAACCGGUGUUGAUAAACAAAAAGCAUUUGAACUAUAUCAAAAGGCUGCAAAUUUAGGAAAUCCGCGUGGAAUACGCAAUUUGGGAUAUUGUUAUGAAUUUGGAAUUGGAGCUAGUAUAGAUGAACUAAUGGCAUUUGAAUUAUAUCAAAAAUCUACAAAUUUAGGAAAUACACUUGGAAUAAAUAAUUUGGGAUGUUGUUAUUAUGGAGGAAUUGGAAUCAUAGUUGAUAAGCAGAAGUCGUUUGAUUUAUUUCAAAAGGGAGCAAAUUCAGGAAAUUAUUUAGCUCAAUACAAUCUUGCUUCUAUGUAUGAAAGUGGUAAGAAAAAGGAUAUAAGUCAAGCAAUUUAUUGGUAUGAAAAAUCUGCUGAACAAGGAUAUCCAUAUGCUCAAAAUAGAUUAAGUCAUUUAAUCAAUGAUGGUUGAUUUUUCACUGUGAUCCAUAUUUUUACUGUAAAUGUAGCAUAUUGGAGAAUUUAUAACUUUACAAAGUCAUGAUAAUUAUUUGGCUUGCUUAAGUUUGCUGAUCAUAUGUUGAAAAUACAAAGAUUUACUAUUUAGUAUGUAAAUCAAGAAGUAUUAAUUGUUAAUUAAUUAAGUUUAAAAUAAAUAACAUUCUAAUCUUACUGUACUUGCAUAGAAUACAAAUUCCCAAUAAAAAAUACUGUAUGUAUUUAAUUUUUUUUAUUAUAUUCAAGUAACUGUAGAAAUCAUAACUCAAAG